ACGUGUAGUUCCAUUCUCUUGAGCUGCGAGCUUUCUUAACUGCGACAUUGGAUCAACAUGGCGAGCACCGUGGCGAACAAGUGUCUCAGUCCUCUGGCUUUCCUCACCAGGAGGCUCUCCGCUCCCGAGUUCAUCACUCAGUGUUGCUAUCACAAGAAGGUGGUGGAUCAUUAUGAGAACCCCAGAAAUGUGGGCUCGCUGGACAAAAACUCCAAGAAUGUUGGAACUGGUUUGGUGGGUGCCCCGGCCUGUGGGGAUGUAAUGAAGCUUCAGAUUGAGGUGGAUGACCUGGGGAAGAUUGUGAAUGCCAGGUUCAAAACUUUUGGCUGUGGUUCUGCCAUCGCCUCAAGCUCUCUGGCCACCGAGUGGGUGAAGGGCAAAUCUGUGGACGAAGCUUUGAAGAUAAAGAACACAGACAUCGCCAAGGAGCUCAGUCUUCCUCCUGUUAAGCUUCACUGCUCCAUGCUUGCCGAAGAUGCCAUCAAGGCAGCCCUUGCUGACUAUCGUCUCAAGCAACAAGAUGACCAGCAGGAGGCAGUCGGAGCCAGCAAUUAAAUGGAGCGCUCACGCUUUGUGCUGGGCCCGGUUUGGCUCCCUGCUGCCGAGAAGAGAAAUAGUCCAGCGUCAACACCUCACUUUCCUGCGGCAAUGGUGACGAGCCCACCACCUUUCAACCCUCUGUAGCAGUGUUACACCAGGCUGUUUUUAUUAGUCUGCGAUCCUCUAACCGUGUAUACUGUAUCUUUUAGCCUGUCACGUAAACGCACAAUAUAAGCACUGUUUUGGGUUGUUGGUACAGAGAUGAGCCUUAUUUUUGAAAUUGCUUUGUGCAGGUGGAGUGUUUUUUAUUUUGAAAGGUGUGAUGGAGGUAUGGAUGAAAGCUAAAAGCUGUUUAUACCCUCUGCACUCUAAACGCACUGACCUGUUGAUUAAGCAAAGUGGCUUGAACCAAAGAAAGGGGGUCCAGUAGUUUCAAAUGCAACUUAUAUUUACAAAUGCUUCUUUAAAAGUCUGUAAUAAAAUUAUCCCUAAUUGUA